AUGGCAGAAUCUUUCAGGUGUCCACUCUAUGCUAUUAGUCCAUCUUCAACAAUUUACACUACAUACCAAGACGAGAGUAGUGAUGAGUACGGUUACGCUACCGUCAUCGCCAAUGAGAGCGCAUUCCAUACCAUUCGCAAAGAUAGCCAACAAAUGGGCGGUUUGAGGCGUGUCGAUUGUUGCAGUAAUCUUUUGGAUAAAUCUUUUAUGUCCGAGGAGGAACAAUCUCAACUCAUAAAAAAGCUAACAAUGUUGAGCAAAAAUCCAUCAAAGAGAGCGCUCACGCCUCCACCACAAUUCAUACCAAUCUGCACAUCCACCCCAAUUGUACGAAGUUGCAUAGAUAUUCCAACAACAACGGAUAGCGAAGAAAAACUACAUUUCUUCAGGAUGCAGGAUAGACAACUGUCGGUCCCCACUUUCAAACCACCUCCACCACCUAAAGAGAGUGUAUGCAAAGAUGAUUUGGUUGUUCUGAAUGAUAGGGAAAGGUUUUGGGAGGUUGAGCUGCCAAGGGAUUACUCUAAAUACAUUGAAGAUACCGCAACAUUGAUAGCCAGGGACGAGACCACACUACUUCUGGAGAACAAACCCAACGUACUAAACGAAACCUACAUUGAAGAAGUAACUAUCUAUGCUGAUCCCGGUACAGAAUCGCCAAUUACUAGAAACAAUACGUUUGUAAAGAAGGCUAAGGAAGCCGUAAAGAUUCUUUGGAAACUACGACAAGAACUUCUCAUGUCACAAAGUGUCACUGUUUAG